GUGCGGGGCGCGACGGGCGGGGCAGGCCGGGACGGGUGCGCCGCUCCACUCUGCAGGGUUUGUGCGAUUCACACCACACCGUACGCGACCCACUCAGUACGACAGUUGUCCGCUGCCUGCGCGGCGCGCGCGCCUCAUCCCGUUUCCGACUUGACAACAUUCCUUAACUUAUAAUAUAUCUAGUCAAAAUGGAGUUUAGUGUUUUCUGUGAUACUAACUGGAAGCGUUUGUGCCAUAAACGAAAAAGUGGAUUAACCCUGUAACGACACGCUACGGUUCAAAGAACAAUGCUGUGGGAAAAAAUAACGUUCAGCUGGCAUCGGCAGUCGUUCCCAGCUACCUACCGAACGUCUCUCCCCCCGCGGGCCGGGUGCCGGGUUCAAUGCGCCUCUCUGCGUUUAUUCAUCGCUUGUGGGAAAAGUUGACCCCCGUUUGAAAAAAUAUUGUUAACGAAUUCACACGAUUCGUGUUCUAUUGAUGCGCGUCUAAGAUGAAUGGGUCAUCAGCUCGAGUGUGCCUGGAUCAUUAUGAGAUCACUUCCUAGACACCUGCAACUAAGUACUUCUAUCCUAAAGUGAUAAUUUAAUUUCUGUUUACUUGCAGAGGUGUCUUUAGCAAUGAACUAAGUCCAAUAAUUUUUUAUACGCAAGCCGUCAAGGUUGCACCAUUCCUCAGUUCGAGUUGUUUGUUUUGAGCUUUGCUGUGUUUGUCGAGUUUAGAGUUCCUCGAAAUUGUUAUCUUGUGCCACGGAUUGCGUACCUGUACCUAUAUCAGAAUCAGUAGUGAUUUACUUCAUUAUUAGAUAACUUGUUUUUGGUGAACACGGAGAUGAAACGUGUCGGAUUUGCCGUUAAAAUUUAAAUUGAAUUAACUAGAUUCUGGAGGCCAUGGAUAUAGUGCGACGCGUGAACGGUGCAAAAACUUCGCAUAUAGGUAGUGCCGCUAAGUGAAUUAGUGGAUAUGUGCUAGUGCUGUGUAGUGUCUAGUGUACCUAUUUGGAUUUUGUUGCAUUGUCUUCAAGAUGGGGAACCAAGGCUCGUCAGCUCACGAGCCUUUCGACCGAGCUCAAACGCAGAACGCCACUGACUUGAAAAUGAAAUCGUCAGUGCGCAGUUCAUUGCGGCGGGCGCGCGCCGGCGGCGCCCUCUCGCCGCCCCGCGCCGGCAUGGAGCGCCUGCGCCGGUCCUUCCGGGAAUCCUUCCGGCGGCGCAAGGGCUCGCCGCCCGAGUCGGCGCGCCCGCACCAGUGGCACGCCGACGAGGCUGCCGUGCGCGCCGGCACCUGCACCUUCCCCGUCAAGUACCUGGGCUGCGUCGAGGUCUUCGAGUCACGGGGGAUGCAGGUCUGCGAGGAGGCGAUUAAGGUCUUACGGAAUUCGCGACGGCGGCCCGUGCGGGCAGUGCUGCACGUGAGCGGCGAUGGGCUGCGCGUGGUUGACGAGGAGACCAAGGGGCUGAUGGUAGACCAGACCAUCGAGAAGGUUUCCUUCUGCGCGCCCGAUAGGAACCAUGAGAGGGGAUUCAGCUACAUCUGCCGCGACGGCACGACGCGCCGCUGGAUGUGCCACGGGUUUCUCGCGUCGCGCGACUCGGGCGAGCGCCUGUCGCACGCGGUGGGUUGCGCGUUCGCGGCCUGCCUCGAGCGCAAGCAGCGCCGCGACAAGGAGUGCGCCGUGUCCAUGAGCAUCGACGCGGCGAGCCACGCCUUCACCAGGCAGGGCUCCUUUAGAAAAUCUACGAUGAUGUCACGACGCGCGUCGGAGGCGGACACGCCGCCGGUGCCGGCGCUGCCGUCGAGCGCGGUGCCGCUGUCGGCGCCGCCCGCGCAGGCCGCGCCGCGCCCCACGCCGCACAACCCCUUCGCCGUCGAGCGGCCUCACGCCGCGCCGCACCUUCUGGAGCGGCAGGGCUCGUUUAGGGGCUUCUCGCAUCUUAAUAACAGUUCCCCAUUCAAGCGUCAGAUGUCGCUCCGCAUCAGCGAGUUGCCGUCCAACCUGGAGCGCACCCGCGCCGGCCUGGGCUCGCCGCCGCGCGCCGCGCCCGCGCCCGCGCAUGCGCACGCGGCCGCCGUCACGCCCGCGUCCGCGCACGCCGCCAGCCCUGCGCCGGACACUAUGCGAGCGCAGACGGGAGACGAGGACGGCUCGGCGGAGCCGGAGCCGGACCCGGUGCUGGCGAUGUGCCAGCAGCUAUCGCUGGGGCUGCGCGCGCUGGCGGAGGAGCCGGUGCCGGUGGCGGUGGCGCCAGUGCCGCUGCCGGCGGGUGCGCCGGCGCCGGACGCGUGGCUGGGCCGCGUGGUGCGCGCGCGCGCGCCGCCGCUGUCGGCCGCCACCCGCGCUAUGUCCUACGCCGGCCACGCCAACACCAACCCCUUCCUCGCGCCCCAGCCCACGCCCGCCCCCAUGUAAAUGCGACGGCGGGGUAGGCUUACGCGCGUCUUUGACCAGUGAGGCUGAAGAAACGACUAACGUCGCCCUCCGCCUAAAAUUAUUUCAAAUCGAGCAUGUCACUAUCAUUAAUAACAGUGAACUCGUACGUCUUGCCUUAAAGUUUUACAGCCGUCAUAGAUUAAACGUGGUUUUUUUUAAUGCUGUACGCACAAUAGCUAGUGAAAAUAGCAAAAAAAAAGAUAAUAUUUACUGUAUGUACAAAUCGGUUGUGUACAGGACUUUUCCUACAUUUUACUUUAAUAGGGCAUUUGAAUGAUUUCGAAAUAUGUCGUCGAAAAUACGAAAUUUGAUGACAUAACGCGAGUUAUUCAUUUAAAAAAAUUACACAAUUAUAUAAUGGUUAGACUAGUUUCACAUGAUGUUUGUCUUGUGAUUAUUAUGCAAACUUUAUUAUUACCAAGACGAAAAUUGAUAGCGUACGCCACAAAAUAAAUAAAUGAGUAUAUAUGUUUGGGACUUAUCGGGCGAAUUUGUUAACAUCGAGGUGUGAAAUGCUCAAUUCGAGCUAUUAAUUAUCGGGUAUUUUCAAAUCUGUUAGGACUAUUAUUAAUGAAUGAAUGAGACGCUGAAUGUGAACGCAAACGAAUACACUACACGCUCCAAUUAAAAACGCUUUGUAAGAACGGAUUGUUGUAUGUUGGUGCUGAUUGUCUUAUAAUAGAUGUGUCUUAAUGUCACCGAAACUAUUAAAAAAUCUCUGCACGCCUAGUGUCAGCUUAGUAACGAAAAUGCGAUCGGUGUCUAUCUUAAAAUAUUGGAUAUUGUAUUAGUAGAAUGAAUAAUUGUUAAUUGUGACUCGCCUGGCUUAGCCAGGUCAGAUUUCACUUGCAAAAGGGAUAUUCCUGUUUUAUAAAGAUAUACAUCAUCUAGAUUCUAGACGAUGCUGUGUUAAGACUUGUGAUGGGAACUACAGAGUCACGCUGGCAAAUCGUCUGAAUAAUUAUAUUAGGCGACAGUAGCGCCUGAAUAAGGCUGAAGUGAAUCAUUCUCACUUCAGCUUUUGUGAUAAGCUUUUAUUCUAGAUAAUCGUAUUACUCUGGAGUCUGGACGCAUUGAGCUAUCAUUAACAGGCGACAGAGUAAACCGGGAGGGGAUUGUAACUUAGGUAAAUGUUGUACUUAAUUUUUGUCUAUAGAAUACCGCACUGUGCUUUUGCGCCGCACACUUUGACAAUUAUAUGUAGUAUACGUAAGAUAGAACUAGUUCACGUAUAUUCGUCCAUGGACAGUAUUAUAUAUCAAGUCGAGAGCGUUGUUCCCACAAUGCGAAACAAAAAUAACGAACAAUGCAGUAUUUAACUUAAUAGGUAAAUACAUAUUAUUAUAUAGGGUUUGGAUAUAUUUUUCCACUUAUUUUGUAAAUAAUUGUAAAUUUGUAGACCUUUACGUUUGUGAAUCUUUUUUUGAAUGAACCAAUAUACACAGUUUGCCGUCACUGUGCGUAAAGUUGUGCUUCAAUAAUUACUUCGAAAUACUUAAAGAUUUUGUGUACUUACGUGUUAUGUCUUGAGUUAUUUUUAAUGUUAUUCUGUUACUUUUUUUAUUAAAUUUUUUGUACUUUUCUGAAUUAAUCAUUAUUUUACUAGCAAUCAUUUAACUAGCAAAUCAUAUCAUUAGAUAAAUCAUAUCGCCAGAUUUCAUAACGUAAAUAAACAUUGUUUUAUUGCUGUUUAAACUAAAAAUUAAUUUUGAAAAUGUAGGGGUGAUAAGUAUGAAACAGAUGAAACAAACAAAUUUUAUGUUAAAACAAUCGACGUCCAAAUUCUUUGUCAACGAUAACAUGUACAUUUCUACUAAAAACAGCAGUUAUGGCUAAUAUAGGAUAAUAGUUGUGGUCAUUCAUUGUACCUGUAAAAGUGCGCAUACAUUCCAGACUUUUUUGAGACGUACGCCUUUUCUAACUAAAUAGCUUUAGGUAGAUCUAGAUGCACUACAACAGGCAUAUCACAAAUUAGCACGUCAUAUGUUUUUCUUGUGUUAUUCUACACCUUUUUGUAAUAAUUUUUACUUCAUUGACUAAACCUUAGUACUUAAAAUAUGUGUAAUAUGACAAGAACAUACUCAGUAGUUUUCAUAGAAAAAUUUGCCAAUCACGAUCUAUGGGUUAUAUUAUACGUACCGUUGUCUCAUUAUCAGAAAAUAGUUGUUAUGUACAUAAUAUUGUGAUAUGUAAUUUAUAUAAGUUAUCAUACGUAACAGGUACAUGUACUCUAGAUCGACGGCACCGUAUUUUAUAAACGUGUCUCCGCACGCUGCUGCAUAGCAUAAGUACAUGCAUUGUUAUAGCCACUAAUAGCCAUAGCUUGAAACAAAUAACAUAUAUUCUGUGAAUCGUAUUUUCAUGUACUUACAAAAAUGUGUACCUACUCUUUGAAAAAUUGUACUUAAAACGUUGUUUCGAAAUUUGUUGGAUGUUUUGUAUAUUCUACAGUGACUUUAUCUUUGUCAAAAGCAUGUAAAUAUCAGCACACAAUGUAGAUAUUUUAGAUACAUAAUGAGAGUUCAAAUAUUAUGAAGAAUAAAUAUUAUGUUUAGUUGA